GGAAAUACCGGUUCAACUUUCCGUAAAUAAAGUCGUUUUGAGAUAACUUGUAAAGUUAGAAAUAUAAAAACGCGUUUUCUUUAGAGUGUAAGAGUUGAAAAAUGUCGAAAGAUAGCAGUGCAGUGCCCGUGUUACAGUUGCCUGUCACUGACAGGUCGCGGCAACUUGCCGACGUAUUUACCACUAGGUUUAAAUGUAAUCCACAAUUUUUCGUUAGAGUUCCUGGAAGGGUUAAUCUUAUCGGGGAACACAUUGACUAUUGUGGUUACGGCGUGUGCCCAAUGGCAUUGGAGCAGGACAUAUUGCUGGCUGUUUCUUGCGAAGAAGGAGACGACAUUCACCUGCACAAUGUAGAAGAUACAUAUCCUGAUCAUGUUGGCAGCAUUAGAAAUGUUGAGAUCAAAAUCGGCGAAGGAGCUCCUCAAUGGCAUCAGUAUUUCUUUUGCGGUGUAAGAGGUAUACUGGACAUUUUGCCUGAAGGUACGAAUUUGAGGAGCAUGAAGAUAGCGGUUAGUGGAAGGGUACCGCAACGUGCAGGCCUUUCCAGUAGUAGUGCUCUUGUAAGUGCUGCCGCUUUAGCUACCGCUUAUGCCCAUGAGCUGGAAUUAGCAAAGGAUAAAAUCGCAAGUGUGUGCGCCGAAUGCGAGCGCUACAUCGGCACCCAGGGGGGUGGAAUGGAUCAGGCGAUUGCGUUUUUAGCCACCGAGGGUUGUGCAAAAUUCAUCGAGUUUUCACCGUUGAGAUCGACCGAUGUGGCUUUGCCCGCCGGUGCGGUCUUCGUCAUCUCCCACAGCAAAACCAAUCUGAACAAGGCGGCCACUUCACACUUCAACUGCAGAGUGGUCGAGUGCAGAUUAGCGGCGCAGAUAAUAGCCAAGAAACAAGGACUGGAAUGGACUAGCGUGAAACGACUGGGAGAACUGCAGACGCGGCUGAACGUCGACCUGCCGUCAAUGAUAUCGUUGGUGGAGCGUACGCUGCACGAAGAGCCCUACAGCAAGGCGGAAGUCGUCGCGGAACUGGAUACUACAUCCGCUCGUUUGGACGAAGUGUCUUUGACGGCGAACACCAGGAACAUCGAGAGCUUCAAGCUGAGGCAACGCGCCCUGCAUGUGUUCAAAGAGGCUCUCCGUGUGGAAAUGUUCCAUCAAACUUGUAAGAAUGCUGAAGAAGGUGCUCUACAAAUAUUGGGUCGUCUUAUGACUGAAAGUCAUGAAAGUUUGAGAGACUUAUACGAAUGCAGUCACCCACAACUAGACAGAUUAGUGGAAUUGUCGCUGGAUUUAUCCCUGGGCUCCCGUUUAACCGGUGCCGGAUGGGGAGGCUGCGUCGUUUCCUUGGUCCGUCCAGAAAACGUCGACGCCUUCAAAAAUUCAUUGAAGGAGAAGUUUUAUGCCCCGCUAGGAAUUACCUGCGAGAAGGAACUGGAAUCGGCCCUGUUUGCCACCGCGCCUAAUUCCGGAGCCUCCAUUUUGGUGGCUUAAAAUUUUUGUAGUAUGAUAUUAUUUUUACAUGUAUGGCAAAAAUAAAUAUAUUCAUACACG